AAAGUAGUUUUCGUACAAACUCUUCAUUUGCUAACGUGAUUCGUGUUUAUGUUUAGCAGUUACGUCAUUUCCGUAUAAAUUACUUCCGUUUUGAAUGAAGAAAGCCGCUGCACGAGCUAUCUGUCCAAAAACUGUGGUCGUGUGUCAGUGAAAUGAAGAAGGUUGGACAUGGUCUGGAGAAGUUGGAUUUUCGUGCUUGACUUAGUUACAUUUCUGUACAGUUUAUCAGCAGGAGAUAGAGCCAUCUUGCUAGAAAGACCUAAACCUGGAGGUGGUACAGACAGCUGGUAUUGGAAAACAUCUCGCAAAGAUGGCCAUGCAGGGUGGACUCCCCAAACCUCCACUGACACUGGGUCACGUGUAUAUACCGUCUGUGAUGUUAAUGUUUGGCAACCAAGCAACUGGCUUUGGAGCGAUGGUAUAGGUCACAAUAAUCUGAAGAGAAUUGACUUAGCUAUCGACUAUACAAUCAGAAGAUGUACUUCAUUUCUUGGUGGGAGACUUAACUGCUCUGAACAAUUUGGUGUUUAUGGAUACCAAUCAAAUGGGAACUUGAAUGAGUCAAACACUGAUCCAAGAAAUGGAUUUUACAACAAAGUGAAAGUCAUAUCUAUGCCAAGCAACACAUCAAGCAAGGUUAAAAGGGUACAAGGAAUUGCAAAGCUGUCCCUUUUCAUCAAAGAAAGAACUUCAAAGGUAUUCUUUGCUAUUCAUGACCAAGGAGCUUGCCUUGUAGUGCAUUCAUUUGUGGUUACAUACAAUGUUUGUCCAGAGAGAACUUUACCAACUAGUCUAGUAUUGCUGCCACAAACAAUAGCUCCAGUGAAUGAAUCCGAAAUAGUCAAAAUACGAGGGAAAUGUGCAGAAAAUUCACAACCUGCAGCACUGGUGUUGAGUGCCAUCUGUAGCAGUCGUGGUGAAUGGACUCAGAGUGAUGAUGCUGCUGGAAAAUGUCUCUGUUUACCAGGAUGGGAGAAAAUUGGUACUGAAUGUCAAGCGUGUCCAUUGGGAUAUUUUAAAGAAAAGCCCGGAAACACCAAAUGCUCAAAAUGCCCGGCAAACAGCAACUCGGACAGAUCUCGGAAACGCUGUAAAUGCUCCCGAAAAUUCUUUCGUGCACCUCGGGAAAGGGCUUCAGACAAUUGUACAGCUCCUCCCUCUGCACCAAAACAUCUUCGGAGCCUUUUUACCAAUCAAACAACAGUAAGUUUAGAAUGGUCACACCCCCGGCACCUUGGUGGUCGAAGUGACUUGCAUUAUGAGAUAGAAUGCAAGAUUGUGUGUCGGAAAGACCAACGAAGCUGCAGUCAGGAUUGUGGAUCACAAGUUCUUUUCCUGCCUAGACAGAGCAACCUUUCGCAGACCAAGGCAAUUGUGACGAACUUACUAUCACGGACGGUAUACAGAUUUAAGGUACAUGCAAAGAAUGGAGUCAGUGGGAAGGCUGAGAAGGAAGGAAUCCCUUCCCGUUUUACCGAGUUAGAAGUCACUACACUGGAAUCAGCUCCUGACCAGCCCGUGGUAACAGUCCAAAGAAUCGACAGCACUUCGGUGAAUGUGUCGUGGAAUCUCAAAACUGGCUAUGAAGGCAUCCUUUUCUUCCUUGUACGAUAUCGCAAACUAGGAGACGGUGCUGACAAAUAUCACACUAUCAACACAACGAAAGCCUACAUCAAAGUAACUGGACUGGAACCUGACGUGGAAUAUGAAUUUGUGGUCGUUGCCAAGAACAGCUGGGGCUUCGGACCAAUUAGCCGAGGGGUUAAAACACCACAAGACUAUAGUGUUCCCAGUUUAGAUGACGACAAGAAACUUUUGUUUCUGAUCGCUGCUGCCGUCGGCGGAGUUUUACUUUUUAUCAUCAUAACCGCUAUCGUCUCGUUUGCUCUAUCAAGAAGAAGGAGAACUCGGAACCGAGCCAAUACAUUCGAAGACGCCACCGAGCUCUUCUCGAACCAUGGGCUUUGUCAGUAUGUGGAUCCCAGUAACUAUGGUGAUCCCAUGGAAGCUGUCAAAACGUUUGCCGCCGAGAUUGACAGAUGUCUAAUCAAACUGGAAAGUAGAGUCGGCGGUGGUGAAUUUGCUGAAGUUUUCAAAGGACUGCAUGAAGAUUGUUCGGUUGCUGUUAAAAUCCUAAAGCAAGGAUCGAGUUCCAAGAACAGAGACGACUUUAUAUCUGAGGCGUCCAUCAUGGGUCAGUUUAAAAAUCCAAAUGUCAUCCAGCUGAUUGGCGUGGUCACAGUCAGUAGACCCAUGAUGAUUGUAACAGAGUUUAUGGAGGGAGGAUCGCUCGAUAAGUUUCUAAAGGAUCAUGAAGAUAAACUCACAGCCCUUCAGCUCGUGGGCAUGGUUCGCGGAGUCGCCUCAGGAAUGUUGUAUCUUUCUUCCAUGAAUUUUAUACACAGGGACCUUGCUGCUCGUAAUGUUUUGGUUGGUAAUAACAUGGUUUGCAAGGUGUCUGACUUCGGACUGUCCAGAGAGUUGGAGGAUAACCCAGAUUCCGAGUAUCAGACACAGGGAGGAAAAAUUCCAAUUCGUUGGACAGCACCAGAAGCGAUGAGAUAUCGAAAAUUUAGCACUUCCAGUGACGUAUGGAGCUAUGGGAUAGUUUUGUGGGAGGCCAUGUCGUUUGGCGAGAGGCCAUACUGGGACUGGAGUAACUUUGAGGUUAUGGACAGAGUAGAAGGAGGCUACAGGCUGCCUGCUCCUAUGAAAUGUCCUAAAAUUGUCUACGGAAUCAUGAUGGACUGUUGGGACAGGGACAGGACCAGGCGACCAAACUUUGAAGAAAUUGUGAAACGACUCAACGAGUUGAUCCGCUCUCCGGAAAUGUUAAACGACAAUCUUGUUUGCUAUACAAGUGCCGUGUCAGCGGACUUCACCAAGCUUAGUACGAUCCAAGAAUGGCUUGUCAGUAUUCAUAUGGGACAGUAUAUCGCUAACUUCAAGACUGCGGGCUAUAGUGACUUAACGCAAGUAACUCACCUUAAGGACGGCGAACUCAAAGACAUUGGAGUGACCUUGAUAGGUCAUAGAAACAAAAUUUAUAAAAGUAUAAAGUCCAUGAGGAAGCAUUUUGACAACUUGCCGGAGCCGGUGUAACAUGUCACAGACCGUAAAAAGUUGAGAAACUUUCCGAGGGGUUGAGGUGCUGGACCUGUAGACCUCACCGUGGAUAUCGAAAGUGGAUGUAGAAGGCGCCACAGUAACCCCACACUCAGUGUGUUCACGAUUCUCUGAGGGAAAGAGAGCAAGUCCAUUAUUUAAACAGAUCUAGUUGUAAACUGAUUUUAAAGUGUUGCGAAAUUUCUUGCGGUAACACAGCAAUUUAUUUUAUUCGACUUAUUCAGUUUGUCCACGCAAUACUCGCGUAGAGGGUUUCCUAGGAUAAUUCGCGAACCUAGUAUUGUAGGAAAUUAGUGGAUAUUCCACUCUAAAUCCCUCUUUUCUCUUUUUUUCAUUCACUUUUCUCCAAGAACAAUAAGAAAGAGUAAAAGGAACACCAUGAAGCCCAUGAAAAUAAGAAUUGAGAUGUAUUGCCAUCAUUCAGAUCAAUCUUCAGUCCUGUCAGCUUGUUUUUUUUUUUAUUCCUUUCUUUAUUUUCCUUUCUAUUAUUUUUUUAAUGGCUGAUUGACUCGUACCCAGCUGACUUUGUCUUAGACCUUUAAAUAGCUUUUGUAGUGUAAGGAUUUUAAAAUGCUUCUUACAGGCUUGGCUUGGGAAAUAGAGCAGCUAGCGCUUGGUAGAAAGCUCUAGAGCAAUGACCAUUGGAGAUGUUUAGUUGUGUAGUUUUAAUAUCAGAAGUAUUUUGAGUUUAUUUGUUUUAUUAGUCGUUGUUUUUGAUAUCGUCAAGUGACGUUUAGGAGAAAGUAUUCAGGGCCGCUUGUUGAAACGCAGUUUGGUCGUUGUUUAGUAAAACUGUGUCCUAUAUCAUCUUCAAUUUAGCCAAACCCUUAUCUGAGAUGAAUGUUGUUUUUUCUGAGCAGCGUCAAGAAGGCUCGGCUUAUAAAAUUAACAUCAAUCCCCUUGAAGAAACUCGAUGGUCAGAGUUUGCUCCAAUCUGAGGCCGAAGUAAGACUUCAGCGUUCGAGUAAAUGGCCCUUCAUAUUUGGUUUUACCCAGAAAUUUUACUUAAAAUUGUGACCAGUGCGCCUGAGAGAUGUUUUAGUUUAUUGGUGUACAGUUUUAUUUACACGAGCGUAUGUGUUUAGUAUCGUUUUCUUUGCCUUAUAUUUAUACGAAACAUCCAGCCAUUAGAUGAAAUGGUUAUUUGAAAUAUUUUGCUUUCGAAAUGUCGGUGUCUAACAUGUGAAGAGAUAUUUAAAAAAAAAUAUAUAUAUUUUUUAGAGCUUUGCAAGUGUUGAAGUCUUAAGUUAUCUUGUUUUAUUGACUAUCCCCACACUUGUUGAAAUAAAACAGUUCGAUUCAC